AUCGAACGAGUUGAAGCAGUGUGAUUUCCGAUACGAAUAAGACUGGCACGAGGCAGUAAAACGGCUUGAUUUUAUUUUCGGAAAGAUUCCAGUGGACUUUGAGUUAGGAAAUCAAAAAAAAAUUGUUUUGACAUUUUGAAAUAUUUGAACUGUGAGUUUAGUGUUGCAGUGAGUGAAAAAAUCGAUUGUGCUGGAUUCCUUGGCAGCAGAAAUGGGUUCAUCAAAGCGGAAGUCUUCCUUUCGAAUAGACGACAUCCUUCACCAACAGGCAGAACAGCAGCAAAUGCUGUUUCAUCAUCAGCAACAGCUGCAGAGCAAUGUUUUGAAGCAACUUAGUGAAGCAUCUCACUCAGCCAGUUCCUCGACGCCGUCAUCGACCUCAACAGAAUAUUACAACGCACAAUCCAAAUCUCCCUCGGAAUCACCUGUUCCGAUUCCGUCCGGACCAACGUCUCCGAAGAAACCCACUGCCCUUUAUCCCAACUUGAUGGACCUGCAAAAGAGCAAUUUUCCACUCCAUCUUCAGUUUGGCAUGCCUGCGUUUAAUCCGGCCCUUAAUCCAGCUGCACUGAACGCGGCUUAUCUGGAACAUUAUGCUAAUGUGUUGCAAAAAGCAUCUCCUCGACUUUUCCCGUUCUACGCGCCACACUACAGCUAUCUCCUCCCACCGUGCGGUUCCAAGCGUAAGGGCGGCCAGGUUCGCUUCACACCCCAGCAGACGCAAAGUCUCGAACGGAGGUUCUCCAACCACAAGUACCUAUCCCCAGAGGAUCGACGCCAUUUGGCUGUCCAGCUGAAGCUCAGUGAUCGACAGGUCAAAACGUGGUUCCAGAACAGGCGCGCAAAAUGGCGUCGGGCCAACAAUGGGACCCAUUCUUCGUCGGAUUCACCCGUUGAUCACCUGGGCACCGAUAGCGUAAAACAUGCAAAUCUGGCUGGUGCCUCAUCAUCAGCAUCCGUUGACGCGGUGAAGAAAUACUCGAAUGAUUAUCACACAACCUCGAAUAACACCAGUCACGCCAUGGAUGCGUACGACUGCAAGAGCUCGGACAAUUUUGAGGGCUCAAGUGAAGACGAAGAAGACAGCAGUUAUGAAGAUGGGGGAGCGUCCCCAAUCAAUGUAAUUUAAUUUAAGUUUUAUCUGUAAUCAAUAAAUUAUUUCGCCUGACACAGACACAAUAA